AUGCAGAAUGGAUCUGUCGCGUUACAGACGCCCUCCGCGGCGGCUGAGCGCCCGUCGCUAUGGGACCGAUUCCAGGGUUGCUUCCACAUGAGGCCGCCAGACGACGAUGAGCCUCAGUCGUGGUGGAUCGCCUCGACUGCUAUCCCUUUGGCGGCAGCCGCCGCCGGCCCGCUGGCGAAUGUCAUGUCCAUCGUCGCCCUAGUUAUGCCUUGGAGAAGUGAGGUGAUCUCUUAUAAGGAAGGGCCUGCAGGGAAUGCGAUCCAGCAUGGCUACCCGGAUCCUCACUGGGUCACGGCAUCGAACGCCAUUUCGGUAGUUUGUGGUGUUGUGGGCAACGUGUUUCUUCUCUUCAACUUCACUCAGUCUAUUCGGUAUAUUAUCGCAUUGCCGGUCUCCAUCGUUCUAUGGUUUCUGGCAACGGGAAUUUUGGUCGGACUUACGACCGCCGUGUCUAUAUAUGCCCCACCACUUGGACCGAACGAUGUCUACUCACAGGCGUAUUGGAGCGCCGUCAUCGCCGCAUGUCUUUACUUUAUACUGGCUAUCAUGCUGAUGAUCAACAUGUUGGGAUAUUUCUUGGGCCGAUACCCACAACAUUUCGCACUCACAGACGACCAGCGCACCCUGAUUCUGCAGAUGACUGCGCUCGUACUGUGGCUGCUGAUUGGUGCUGCCAUCUUCCAACGCGUCUUGGGAAUAUCAUUUGCGGAUGCUCUAUAUUUCUGCGAUAUUACCGUUUUGACACUUGGGUUUGGCGACGUGGUUGCCAUGACCGCGGUUGGAAGAGGUCUGGUCUGGCCAUACGCGGUGAUUGGAGUCAUCACUUUGGGUUUGGUCGUCAGCAGUAUCCACCGGUUUGCCAGUGAAGUCCACUACGACAACGUGGUCCGGAAACACAUCGAGCAGAAACGGCAGUCGACCUUUGAGCGCUCAGUUACUUUUUCAGUAAUAGAAGCCGCAGAACGGGACCCCAAUGUCCAUCUAAAAGAUGUCCUACCGGCAGCACUUCUCCGAGGGUCGGAUAGCACGUCUCAUCAAACCCAAGAUGUGCCCAUCCGCGACACUAUCAGUGCACUGGCAACAGGCCGGCGCCCCAAGCUUUUGGUCAUGCGCGAGGAGAAGGAUCGAUUCGACGCCAUGCGCGCAAUUCAGUACGAGACCAUGCGUUUCCGCCGGUGGAACGACCUGCUUGUCAGUAUCAUCGUGUUCGCCAUCGUGUGGACCAUUGGUGCCUUGGUAUUCUGGUGUUUGGAGGACGACCUGACCUAUUUUGAGGGACUUUAUUUCUGCUUCUGCUCCCUGCUGACAAUUGGAUACGGUGACAUCACGCCCAAAUCGAAUGCCGGGCGGCCGUUUUUCGUGAUGUGGUCGCUCAUCGCCAUCCCGACUAUGACUAUGCUCAUCUCCAAAAUGAGCGACACGGUUGUAGCAAGCUUCAAGCAUGGCACUGAAAAGAUUGGGGAUUGGCUUGUUCUUCCGCAGUCGGGCCAAUACAAGAAUUUUUUCGCGCACUUUCCGUGUAUCCUGGGGUUCAUGGAGAAGCACGAAGAGAAAAAGCGCGUGCAGCGCGGAUUCCCGCUUGGCGCGGACGCCGACACCGACGAAGAUGAGGAGGCCGAGAUUGGAAAUCGGCCCACUUCGACACAAGAGCGUCAAGGCAAUAAUCGGUCCAAUGGUCGCGCCCGCCCUAAUCACGACCCGAAUCACCCACACCGCACCAUCGAGGAGCUAGCCAAGGCCAAGCCUUCGUCAUUCGAGUUAGCACAGCAGCUCGCCUUUGCCAUCCGGCGGACAACCCAAGAUGCGGUCGCCGGAGAGCGCAAACGGUACAACUACGAGGAAUGGGUCGAGUUCACCCGGCUGAUCCAGUUCACGGAUCCGCGCAUCCGGCCGCCUACUUCCUCGUCAGCGGGGAGUCGACAGAUACCUGGAGCAGACGGCGGACCCAUCGAAGAGGAAGAAGACGAGUUCGGCGUGUUUAAUUGGGACUGGAUCGGCGAGAACAGUCCCAUGCUGGCGAAGCAGACAGAGCCCGAGUGGGUUCUAGAUCGCCUGUGCGAGAGUCUUAUUCGAUAUGUGUCGACGCAGGAAACGAAACGUGCUGCGCGCCGCGGGAAAGACGCGGAUGAGGCAGAGAAGCCUACCUUGGAGAAGGAGAGCGAUCUUGGUUUGAUCGAGGAGGAUACUUGA